AGCGCGGCGCGGCGCGUGGGUAGGAAACGCCGCGGCGGCGGGGCGAGCGGAAAAUGGCGGCGGCCGCGCAGCUCACGGACGAGGAGCUCUUCUCGGAGCUGAGGCGCUUCGGCUUCUCCCCGGGGCCGGUCACCGAGAGCACCCGGCCCGUCUACCUGAAGAAGCUGAAGAAGCUGCGCGAGGACGAGCGGGCCGGGGCCCGCGGCGGCGCCAGCAAGACCCGGAACAGCAACAACAAUAACACGGCGGCCGGAGCGGCGCCGGGCGGCGGCGCCCCCGGAGCCAGGCCGGCGCCGGCGGCCGGAGGGAGCGGGCUUCACCCCUCUUCCGCGGCCCGAGGCCCGCCGCCCCCCACGGCGCCGGCGGCGGGGCCCGGGGACGGCGACGAGGAAGGCGGGGAGGAGGACGACGAAGAGGAGGAGGAGGAGGCGGAGAGCGAGCAGCAGCGGUGGAAGAACCGGACCGUGAACGGUAACCGGCUCCUCCCCUACGGCGGCGGCGGCGGCAGGGGCAAGUACUCCGACUCGGAGGAGGAGGAGGAGGAGGCGGCGGCGGCGGCGGGGGGCAGGCAGCAGGUACCGAAGGAGGAGGCGGCGGUUCGCCGGCCCAGACGGAGCCUCAGCAAGUCGCCUGCUCCAUUCAUAACAGGCAAAUGCGCUGCAGCCGGCGCUGGCGUGAUGGAGACGGGCCAAGAAAGGGCUGGCGGAGGCUGCGGUGCUGCUGUAGUCGUAACGAAUGACAGGGCGGCGGCGGCUGCCGGGAGUCUAGACAGGGGCAGGAAUCGGGAGGAGGAGGAGGCGGCGGCGGCGGCGGCGGGGGGAGGCGGAGGAGGAGGAUGUGAAAAUGUGGACUCUGGUCCUCCCAGCCCCAGAUACCGCAUCGGCCUACCUAAGAAAUCCCCUCCGGUGUUGUUGCUGCCACCGCCGCUCACGGAGGUGGACAGCGGUAAAAUCACUGACUCUCCAGGCACCGUUAGGAAAGCGACCAAUAAUCACGUUCUCGGCGGUGCUGCCGGUAGCUAUAAUGUCGAAUCCAGGAUCUAUUCAGCUACCAACAGCCUUCCCCCGGGUGGAACCACCUCCUCCCUUAGACUCAACCACUCCAAUCAUACGGGUUCAAAUCAUACCUACCUGAAAAACACCUACAAGAAGAAUCUCUCAGAGCCCGAGGAGGAGCUUCUCCAACAGUUCAAAAGAGAGGAGGUAUCCACCACUGGAGGCUUCAGUGCACAUUACCUGUCCAUGUUCCUCUUAACUGCUGCAUGCUUGUUCUUUCUGAUACUGGGAUUCACAUACCUGAGAAUGAGAGGUUCUGGAGUAGCUGAGGAUGUGGGAGCCAACAUCAAGAAUCCCUUCAGUGAAGAACUAAAAAUAAAAGAAGAUGAAAUAAGUCUCAUGAUGAACAGCUUAUAUGCACUUCACGAUAAAUUGGCACAAGUAGCAGGGGAACAUGAAUGUGGCAGCUCUAUUCAAAGAAAUCUUACCGUCCAGGAGGCAGCUGCGUAUUUAAAAAAUUUAGAUCCAGAAUAUGAAAGUGUACUUAACACAGCAUUACAAUGGAUCUUGAAUAGUGGGGAAGACGUUGGCAUAAAGUGUCUCAGCAAUGACCCUAAUGAGAUGGAUGUCACUAAUGUGACAGAUGUGAAGUAUCUGGAAUCCACUAGUCCAAAGAUGUCUUUCAGGUGUCGUUUUCGCCGUGCAUUUGUUAAUGUAACUCACAGAUUAUCAAUAUUGCUUUUGGGUAUAGCAGUGGUUUGGGGAGUCUUGCACUACAUGAAAUACCGUUGGGCAAAAGAGGAAGAAGAAACGAGGCAGAUGUAUGAUAUGGUGGUAAAAAUCAUAGAUGUUCUGAGAAGUCACAGCGAGGCAUGCUCUGAAAAUAAAGAUUUGCAGCCUUACAUGCCGAUUUUGCACGUGCGUGAUUCUCUAAUACCACCUCAGGACAGGAGGAAAAUGAGGAAAGUCUGGAAUAGAGCAGUUGACUUUCUUGCAGCAAAUGAAUCUAGAGUUCGCACAGAAACACGAAGAAUAGGUGGUGCCGAGUUCUUGGUUUGGAAAUGGAUGCAACCUUCUGCAGCAUGUGACAAAAUCUUAGUAAUACCAUCGAAAGUAUGGCAAGGCCAAGCAUUUCAUCUAGAUAGAAGAAAUUCACCACCAAACAGCUUGACACCCUGUCUAAAGAUUCGCAAUAUGUUUGAUCCAGUUAUGGAAAUUGGUGAUCACUGGCAUCUAGCAAUUCAAGAAGCCAUCUUGGAGAAAUGCAGUGAUAAUGAUGGAAUUGUUCAUAUUGCUGUUGACAAAAAUUCACGUGAGGGUUGUGUAUAUGUCAAGUGUCUCUCUCCAGAGUAUGCUGGAAAGGCUUUCAAGGCAUUACAUGGCUCUUGGUUUGAUGGAAAGCUGGUAACGGUAAAAUACCUGCGACUAGAUCGGUAUCAUCAUCGUUUUCCCCAGGCUCUUACUUGUAACACUCCACUGAAGCCAUCAAACAAACACAUGAACUCUAUGUCACAUCUGCGUCUUCGGACAGGCACAACUAAUUCUCAGGGAAGUUCCUGAGAAGACUUUCUACAACUGCUAGGACUGUUACUUGCAACAGGAAUUUUCCUGUUUGGCUGCCGUCUUCCUUUUUUAGUGCUUUUUGUAUGUAAUACUUUAAUGAAUUAAAUAAAAGUUUGAACGUUCCAGAAAUCUUGUUUCCAAAGGGACUUAGCAAUGAGGCAGUAAUACUGAGCUGACAAAAAA